GGUGGUGGUUUUUCUCUUUCAACUUUCCUUUUUCUCUUCCUCUUCCCCCUUUCACCCCUUUUCACUUUCCUUUCUUCCCCUUCCUUCCAAGCCACCACCCACCACCGCCGGCAACAAUCCCUUUUUCUUUCAGCAAAGAUAUCAUAUAUAUAACUAAUCUUAGCUUACUUAUUUUUUUUCUUUCUGGGUUGGAGAUAUAAUCCAAUCUUAUUUGAAUAAACCCAAAAUUCAGAAAGAAACAAACAAAAAAAAAAAAAACAACAACAAGAAGAAUAAGAAACAAACUGAUUAAUAUCUUGCUGUGUUAACCUGUGGGAGGGGGAAGAAAGAUUCUUUUGGCAAAAACCCAGAACAGAAAAAGGAAAGAAAAGCAUCUUUUUUUUUACCAAAGAAAUUUUGUAUAUUUUGAUGGCUGCUGUUGACACGAAUGCUGCUAAUAAGAGCAGGAAAUUAGCCAUCAAUCUUUCCCUUUUCCCUUUCACUGAAGCUCCUGUCAAAGCAUCAAUCAAAUCUCCCAACAUUUUUGAAGAACCAAACGGUGUUGUUGGGCUUGGAAUUCUUGCAGCCAUGAAACCCAGAAGCAAAAGCAAGGAUGAGUCUUGUUCUCAAGAUCCUUCUUCUAAGAGGGCUGCCAUUCUGGUUAAAUCACCAAGAUCAUUGUCAAACCCAAUCCCUAUUCUGAGCAACAGAGUUUCCUCUCCUUUCUCAGCUAAGAAUGAUGUGAAGAGGAAGAUAAGUGCUGAGGAAAUGGAAUUGUGUGAGGAGUAUACAUGUGUGAUAUCACAUGUUGGUGACAAUCAGAUUAAGAAAAAGGAGUAUUUUGACAGUACUAAUGUUGUUAUUACUGGAACUGAGAAAAUUAGUUCUGUGAGUAACAAUAAUUUGGUGGGUUCCCGGGUAGGUGAAGCUCCACAAUUUCGAGUUGCGGAUUUUUUGAAUUCAUGUUUUCUUUGCCAGAAACAGCUUCAUGGGCUGGAUAUUUUCAUGUACAGAGGAGAAAAGGCUUUUUGUAGUGUAGAGUGCCGUGGCAAGCAAAUCACGAUAGAUGAACGCAAAGAAAAGUGUGUUUCAGGAAUGGCCAAGCCCCACGAGUACUCUGCUUCUCCAUGCCCUAGUCCCAUGCAGUUUUUGGCAGGCGUCGCAGCAGCUUGAUGAUUAGUGUUGUAUAUCACCUUUGUAUACAUAUCUAAACCUUAAUAGCAAUGGCGGAUUAAAACACGUAAAUAAAGUUUGUUCUUGUCAUAAGAAAGCUCCAUGUUCUGGAGCUUAAAGAUAGAUAAAUGUAUUUUGAUUUUGUCAGCCCCGGAAAAAAGUGGCGUUAUUUGUAAAGUGGAGAAAAUGAGUCCUCAGGGGGAAUCAGAGAGUUUUUUCUUCAAGAGGAAAAGAAUGUACCAUAAGUUAAUAGGUCACUGAAAGAUUGACAUUGCCAUUCGGCAUGAUGCUGUAUCUUCAUGGUUAAGUUAAGCAACCAAUAACGAAAGCUAUGAGAUUAUGACUGUUAAUUCAGAUUCGAGACCAUGAUUGGUUCGGUUCUUACCUUGAUUUUAAUUUUAAUAAGAGAGAAAUGUAAUUUGUUGAAGGCCAUAUUUGUAAGGGGUGGAAGCUACUUUCCUCUCUCCAAUUUUUUUUUAUUAUAUUAUUAUUAUUAUUUUGUUUGAA